AUGGUUUUAUCUCUGGGACUUUCCUCUGAAUCCAGCAAGAUGACUACAGAGGACAAAGUAGAAGCUAAAGAGACCCAUGCCUCCGCCCUCCACGACAGUGUCCGGGCAGAGAUCUCAAGACGCAUGCCCAGCAUAGCGUUAUCCAUCGGAGGGUGCACCGUACACGAGAAGGGUCGGAACUGGGGAAGGCUUCUAUCUGGGCUCAUCGCUGUCAAUGUUAUCAUUCUGGGCUCUGCCCUUGUGAGUGGCAGUGUCUUCAAUAAGGUGGCUAUCACACCUACCCAUCUGCAGAUCUUCCUCACAGUUCUCAUCAUCCUCACCACCAUCUGGAUGCUCUACUAUUCAGCCUACACCUCUCGGGAAGACCAUGCCGUGCUCUACAAAGAUGGACACGCUGGCCCUAUCUGGCUCCGAGGCGGACUAGUGUUAUUUGGGCUGUGCAGUCUUAUCAUGGAUGUCUUUAAGAUUGCUAACUACGUGGGUUAUCUUCACUGUGAGUCUGCUGUGAAGAUCAUCUUUCCCUCUGUACAGGCUGUGUUUAUGCUUGUUCAGACAUACUUUCUCUGGAUUCAUGCAAAAGAUUGUGUACAGCUACAAAGGAACAUUACACGCUGUGGUUUGAUGCUGACCUUGUCCACUAACCUAAUGUUGUGGAUGACGGCAGUUACAGAGGAGUCCCUGCACCAGACAGUGGUUCCCAACACUAACCAUUCUGUAGCUCCUCGCACCAUGGCUAUAAAAGCCGGUGGUGGAAACAGUGAGUGUGAGUGCAGUCAUACAGCUUGUGGCAUUUUUGAACAGGCAUACUACUACCUCUACCCUUUCAACAUUGAGUACAGCCUCUUUGCCUCAGCCAUGGCUUAUGUCAUGUGGAAAAAUGUGGGUCGCCUCGUUGAUCAACAUAACCACUACCCUCACCUCCGUUUCAGACUGCAGGACGUGCUGGUCGGACCGGCACUUGGGCUGAUUGUUAUAGUGGUGGGUCUGGCAACAUUUGUGGUGUAUGAGGUGGAUGUGACAGCUCACGACGAAGGGAAGCGAAUCAGGGCAUUGACAAUGCAUUACAUCACAACCCUGGUGGUUAUUAUACUCAUGUCAAUUGCCACGAUAGCAGGUUGCAUCAUCUACCGGUUGGACCAGAGGGAUCACGUAUCAGGCAAGAACCCCACCCGACGCCUCGACGUGGGUCUUCUCUGUGGAGCCUCCAUAGGCCAAUUUCUUAUCUGCUAUUUCACCGUAGUGGCUGUGGUGGCAUCAGGGGUGAUGGGUCACCUUAGUGCUCUGAACUUAGUUUGUUCCCUAUUCACUAUCAUCCAGCUGGGUGUCCAGAACGUCUUUAUCAUCGAGGGCCUCCACAGAGAACCAUUCCAUGAAACAAAUGAUGACUCUGUCUUCUCCAAUGCUGUUGCUGUGAACUCUCAUGAAAGCGCAUCUCACAAGCCUUCAGAUAUAAUAGGAGAGACAAAGUCAAACAUUUAUGUUAUAACAGACACAACCCACAACCAUGGACACACUCAAGCCCAGCCACAUCAACUCACCUGGAAAAGAAGAUUACUCAAAGAGAUCUGUGCCUUCCUGCUGCUCAGCAACGUCACCCUUUGGAUCAUUCCAGCUUUUGGUGCCCGUCCCCAGUUUGAUGAUCCCAUUGGAGUAGAGAUUUACAACUAUAACACGUGGGUAGCGGUGGUGAAUAUUGGACUACCUUUUGGGAUUUUCUACCGAAUGCACUCAGUGGCCAGUCUUUUUGAGGUCUACUUAACUUCCUGA